AUGAAUAACGAGCAGUUCCGGCGACUUCUUGCGGACACUUCGUCGACAUCCAAGUCCGGAGGCAAGUCCAGCUCGUCGCCGCGCAAUGCAGCGGCUGGUGGCGCCACCCCGGGCGCGAUGCUGGGCUCGCGAAUGCGCUCCAGUAUUCCUAUGACGCCACGCUCUGUCACAGGGGUAGACUUUGCCCGACAGCUCGCCGAACACCGCGGAGAAAGCGAUCAACGGCCUGCGAAGCGUUUCAAAUCUUCUGCCGCGCCAAAGGGCAGCAAAUUGCCCACCGGGUACCAGGACCGCGCACAACUACGAAAUGCGGAAGGCGAAGAUGAGGGUGAUCUCCAGAAACGGGUCAAAGCUCUCGAGGAGAUGGUUAAACUGGGCCAAAUCGACCAGGAGACAUUCGAUAAGCUCUGCGCAGAGCUUGGGGUUGGCGGAGACACGACGAGCACACACAUGGUCAAGGGGUUGGACUGGACGCUAUUGAAACGAGUUCGCGCUGGCGAGGAUAUCGAGAACGCGGCUGAGAAAGCGGCUCCCCCGCCGGCGGAAGAACCGCCACUUACCGAGGAGGAUGCAGAUGAGGCAUUUGAGCGGCUGAUGGAGGAGAAGGGCCUGGAAGAGAUCAAAGCAGUGCCCAAGGAACAGAAGGAGAAAAAGAAGGGGACUAUGGCUCCACCACCACCUCGACCAAAGACACGCGAUGAAAUUCUGAAAGAGUUGAAGGCUAGUCGAGCGGCGGCUGCAAACGCGCCAGCCCCGAAACCUGAGUCAACGCUUGGCUCUAAGUUUAAGAAGGUCGGCGAGAGCAAGCCGGAGAAGAAGCGUUUCGUUGAGUCAGAUGAGAAUGGUCGUCGGCGAGAGGUUCUUCUCAUCACGGACGCUGAUGGCAAUACAAAGCGGAAGGUUCGCUGGCUCGACAAGCCCAACGAGCCGCGUGGGAUUCCCUCCCUCCCUAUGCCUGACAAGGAUGCUAAGCCUCUUGGAAUGGAGGUCCCGGCGGACAUUGCUGCUCAGGAAGCCGCCAGUGCUGUGCCAGAAGAAGACGAGGACGACAUUUUUGCCGGCGUUGGCGCUGAUUAUGACCCCCUUGCCGGAAUCGAGCAAGAGGACGAUUCCUCAUCUGAUGAGGAUGGUGAGCACGCAGAAAAGCCUGUCAAGGACGUUGCCGCGGCCCUUACUUUGGAAGAGGACCAUAAGUCCGAGCAAGCUACAGCACAACCUGCCAAAACACGCAACUACUUCGCAACUUCCACAACCUCCACAGCCCCCGAAGAACCCGAAGACCGCUCCAAUCCCCUCACAAAAGACCCGACAAUCCUCGCAGCACUCAAACGAGCCGCCGCUCUCCGACAAUCCUCCCCCUCCGAAGAAGACUCUAGCCUGUCGGCAGAGGCAUCCCUCCGGCAGAAGAAAUUCCUCGAGGAAGCCCGCCGGCGCGAUGCCAUGGACGCUGCAGAUAUGGACAUGGGCUUUGGCGGUAGCCGUAUCGAGGAUGAUGAGGAUGAUGAAGAAGGGGUGUUGUUGGACUUUGAGGGCCAACAGCGUGGGGGUAGUAAGCGGAAACGAGGGCCGAAGAAGAAGAAAGGGGAUAAGGAUAGUGCGGAUGAUGUUAUGCGUGUGCUUGAGGGGAGGAAGAAGAAUGCUGAGUAG